AUUUGCAUCGAUCUCUUUCAACCACUCUUCUCUACAUAGUCCAGCGAACAUACACACUCACUUGUAUUGCAUCUUAGCUUAGCGAACAAACACACUCACUUGUACUGCAUCUUAGCUUAGCGAACAUACACACAAACAUGCAUUGUAUCUUAGUUUAGCGAACAUACAUACAUACAUGCAUACUUAAGUAAAUAUUGAACUGCGUUGAUUUUACCCGUUCUAAUUACCAACAACAUGUAUUGAUACUAAGUGCAAAAGCGUUACACUUGUUUAUCUUUUUUGAAGUUGAUUUUGGACUAGCGUUUUUCACUUGCACAUGGAAAUUGUAUAUAAGGGUGAAAUUUGGAAAUAAUAAAUCAGACUAUUGUUGACCACUAACCUGUUGGCUUCCAACUUACUCAGGCCAUUUAUUUUGUUCGAUUUGGAUUUAGCUGUUUUCACUUGGCUAGUUUGCACGAUCGUAGAAAACGCUCUACGAUCCAACAUUUUGGCGCCCAACGUGGGGCUCGAGUAAGUAUUCGCAUCUGGUAUUUCGUGGACACUUGGUGGUCAGCACGGGACUUCACCAUUGGACUACACGGCUGGACGUUAUCAUCCGCGUUGAACACUGGAACCUAAUUGCCAUAACCGUUGCCCAGCAGCACCAGUUUUCUGGUCUCCACUGGUCUCUUCUGGACUCCUGUUUCACCACCUUUACACCGCCGCUACUGGUUUGCCUUCCGUCGUCCACCCAAACUUAAGUAACCACCUGGGGAAUUGCCUUCAAGGUCAUGCGUUGGAAACAGUGGACGCAUUUCAGGUAACAAAUGAGAGUUAUCCAAAGGCAUUGGAUAGGCUAAAGGCUCGCUAUGAUAAUAAGACACUAAUUUUUUUGGAAAAUAUUUCAUCAUUGUUCGAACUACCAGUUGUUACUAAAACAAAUGGUGUUCAGCUUAGAAGUCUUAUCGACAAGGCUUCAGCAAUUUAUGGAUCUCUCUUGUCGCUCGGUACUGACAUGCAAAUAUCACAAGCUAUGCUAAUAUAUUUAGUUUUGCAGAAGUCCGAUGAACAAACCAACAAGAAGUGGAAAUAAUCACUAGAUUUCAAAUCAUUGCCCACAUGGGAAGACUGCACUAGGGUAUUGGAGAGACACUGCCAGUAUUUGGAGUCGAUUGACAGCGCUCACACCUGCAACCCUGUUACCAACAAAUCGCCAUCAAGCAAGCCAAAGAGCCAGCAACGAGGAUACGCUUUUUCUUGCUCCAACACACCAUGUCCAAUUUGUUCCAAUUCAGGCCAUAAACCUUUGAAUUGCGAACGCUUCAAGGCGUUUAGCAUCGCUCAAUGCUUUGAUAAUGCAAAGAGGUUUGGUCUGUGUAUCAAUUGCUUUUCAAAGGGGCAUCAAGCAACGCAUUUUCCAUCAUCGCAUCGGUGCAAGGUUUGUCAAAGGCAACACCACACUUUACUUCAUCGUGGAUCAGCACCAAACCACCAAGCCACAAGUCCUUCAUAUUCAACAACGGAGGCUACUGUACAUACACAUAUGAACAACUCGUCCAUUGAUAACAUCAUUCUUGCAACUGCAAAGGUUUGGGUUCGUGACUCAUCUGGCAACUACAAAUUGGGUACGGCACUGUUGGACUCCUGUUCCCAGGUCAACUUCAUCACGGAUGAAUUUUCGCAAAAAUUGAGGUUGUCAAGAAGUAAGCAGUAUAUUGAAAUCCAAGGUAUUGUCAUUGGUUUCGAGCUGCCAUUGACCUUCUGCAUCACAACCCACAUUGCCUAUCAACCGGAUCCAGAAAUCGACAUUUCUUCAUGGAACAUCCCAGGGAAUACUACAUUGGCAGAUGAGGAAUUCCACGUGCCAGGGAAGGUCGACUUGUUGUUAGGUACUGAAACGUUUUCCAGCCUACUGUCUGUCGUUCAAAUUAAACUAGGAACUAAUUUGCCAAUACUGCAAAAAACGCUGUUAGGAUGGGUCGUGUCCGGACGAUAUCAAACAACUAAUAACUCAAUCAAACCUUCAUGUUUACUUACAGCUAAUGAAUCUCUGGAUGCAAGGUUGGAGUAAUUGUGGAAAUUGGAGGAAGUUGCUAACACCGCGAAUCCUUGGAAUCGUGAACAGCACAGUUGCGAAUGAUUAUAUCUCAAUACAGUCUCCAGAAAAUCCUGUGGCAGAAUAGUGGUAAGAUUGCCCUUGAAGGAUGAUCCUAGUUGUUUGGGUGACUCAUACGUUACAGCUUUGAGACGGUUUCAUGCGCAAGAACGUGGUAUGAUGGCCCCAAGUUUUUAUACAAGGAGAUGGAAAACUGGCCGCGGAAUAAGUGCGAUAGCCUAGACCUGGAAGUCAUUGAAAGUGAAAAAUGGAAAUCAGCAUUUAAAUCGGUUGUAAGUACCAACUACAUUUUAGAAAUCAUCAACCAUCGCAGUUCGUACGUUAGUAACCUUCGAUUGGAUGCCUGGAUUUUCCGUUACAUCAAGAAAUUAAGACACUGUUACCUCGAGCAACACGGAGCCACUUUCACCACAGGAGCUGCAUCGCGCCUUACUAUGCAUAGUUUGGAAUUUUCAGCAACAACAUUUUUCUAAUGAAAUUCAUCUUUUGCAGAAAGAUCGACCGACUAGUAGCCCGCUGCGUUUCUUAAAUCCUUUCUUAGAGUCAACUGAAGGGUUUCUUCUAUUAAAAGUUUGUGGACGACUGGAAUUGGCAGACAUUCAUGAGGAAAGGAAGCAUCCAAUACUUCUGCCCAGCAAAUGCGAGUUCGUUUUACAAUAUGUUCGGCAUCUUCAUCGGAAAAACUACCACGCUGGACCUAAGGCACUCGUAGCAUUGAUAAGAAUACAAUUUUGGAUAAUAAACUCACGCUACGUGGCAAGGCGGAUCGUGAGGUCAUGCAUACACUGCGUACGAUACAAACCAAAAAUUUUACAACAUGUCAUGGGACAUUUACCACUCGAGCGGCUUACUCCAUCACGCCCCUUCGCGCGCUGUGGCAUCGACUUCUGUGGACCAGUCAACGUUUACUUACGGAUUCGUGGCAAGACACCUUACAAGGCGUAUAUCGCGAUCUUCGUAUGCCUUGCAUCAAAGGCAGUGCAUAUCGAAACCGUAACCGACUUAUCUACAGACGUAUUUUUGUCAUCACUAAAGAGAAUGAUUGGGAGAAGAGGCCUACCCUCUGACAUUUAUUGCGACAAUGCUAAAAACUUUGUCGGCGCUUGUAGUAAACUUGCAGAUUUAAAGGCAUUUCUAUUCAAACAUGAAAAUAAAAAUGCAAUCAUAAAUUACUGGGCUAAUGAAUUUAUCAACUUUUAUUUUAU